GCCAUGGGUGCUGGGGCACAGGGGAAGGAGGUGGGGAGAGGUUUGGACAGGGAGGAUGGUGGAGGGGCCACGGAGGGGGGAAGUGAGGCAGCAGUGAGUGCGGUGGGGGUGGCGGCAGCGGAGGGGUUUGGCGUGAUAAUGGGGGAGGGGGGGACUGCCUGACCCCUGCGUGUCACUGCGUGUGCCGCCCGCUGUACAAGCAGCGCUUCCUCAGCGCCUUCCUGCCUGCCCUCUCCUCCACGCUGCGCCACAUGCCACCUGCCCCGCCCUCUCAUGCUAGGGCCCAAUGUCUGCGUGCCUUCACUCACACCGUGGCCCACGCCCCUCCUGCCGCCCUUCUCCUCUCCGCUCCCCAGGUGCUCCCGCUGCUGCUGUCCGCCCUCUCGUCCCUGUCCCACGACCGCAUCGACUCCUCCCGCCUGCACGCGCUGCUGCUCCUGCUCGGCUCCUUUCGCCACCACCCCAGGCACAGCCCGUGACCUGUGUGGGCAGCACCUCACCAGCAUCACCACCAACCUCCUUGCCCUCGCCGCCUAUCCGCAUGCCAUGGAGGUGCGGGAGACGGCAGUGGAGUGCGUCACAGCUCUGGCGGGCCUGCCGCACACUCAAGUGUUCCCGCACACGAAGAAGGUGCUAAGAGCAAUGGACGCACGUCUCGAUGAUCCCAAGCGGGCUGUGCGCCGCGCUGCCGUCAUGUGCAAAACCACGUGGUGCGUUGCGUGAGUCGCUGCCUUCUUGCUCAAGUGUGU